AUGACAUCACUUCCACCUAGACAGUCUUGGUGGAAUUCGAAGAAGACUGUAAAAGUUAUAAGACCUUAUCCAACCUUCCCUUCCUUGAAUGCCUGGGAAAAAUUCAGGGGCCUCUUGCCUGUGGAAGGGGAGCCGAACCCUGGAGUGGGCCUAGGAGUGGAGGAAGGACUGCUCUGCCAGAUGGUUCAUUCUCCAGAAUUCAACCUGUUUCCCAACUCUGUGGUGUUUGAAAGCAACUUUAUCCAGGUCAGAAGGGGCAGAAACUGGAAAGAAAUCUACAAAGCCUCCAACACAAUGGCCCUUGGGGUGACCUCCUCUGUGCCUUGCCUACCCCUUCCAAACAUCCUCCUUAUGGCCAGAGUCAAAUGGCAUCAGGGGCAAAGCCAGACAUGGAACAGACCAUCCACAGCCCCGAGCAUCACCCUGAAGAGUAUUCUUCCUUUGAAGUUUGUGGAGCUUCAGAUCUGUGACCACCAUGAACGCAUCCUGAGGCUGAGGACAGUCACCGAGAAGAUCUACUUCCUAAAGCUCCACCCUGACCACCCCGAGACUGUCUUCCACUUUUGGAUCCGCCUGGUUCAGAUUCUGCAGAAGGGUCUGUCCAUCACCACCAAGGACCCUAGCAUUCUUGUCACUCACUGCCUGGUACCCAAGAGCCUCUGCAGCCCAUGUGCAAAGUCCGAGUUAGUGCCGAAGAAACCUCAAGGUCCCCGGCCCAGCGAGAGCCUCAUACAGCUGAUGGCCAAGGGGGAGAGUGAGGCCCUCUCUCAGAUCUUUGCCGACUUGCAUCAGCGGAAACAGUACAGGAGGAGCAAGAAGAUUCAGAUCAACAAGACCAAUGCAGGGAAAGCUACUCCCAGUGAAGACAGUGUCCCCUGUACUCGUGAUCUCAGCUGGAGGGAUACACUGACUUACGGAGAGUGGGAAAGAGAGAACCCCUCUGGGCCACAGCCCCUCUCACUCCUGGGCACUCUGGCUGCCUCCAGCAGGCCUCGGCUGUCCCUGACUGGAGGUAUGGUGGCCAUGGGAUUGAUCUGGUGGCCUUCAUGGGACUGGCUGGAGUUGAAUCUCAGAAGCAGGACCGUGUCCUAG